GUGCGUGGGUGUGUGUGUGUGUGUGUGUGACAAACUGAGGAUUUUUUUAUGUAUGUUCUUAUCAGAGACAAUAGAAUAGUGGGCGGGUUCUGCUGACAUCCUAUUAUCUUGAUAAACUACCAGGCAUACUUUCUACCAAACACUGCAUAUCUAGCUGCCAGGAGACAAGGAUUCCUUUCUGCUAAGUCAAUCGCGAAGUCACUUCUAUUAUUCUUAAGAGGACUUUGAGAGGCUCUGUACUCCGACAAAACUGCAUUUGAUAUAUAAAAACCAUCUGUGAGAUUAAAAAGCUACUUUAACAUGUGGACGUGGAUUCUGAUCGGCCUCGACAUCAUCACAAAAGUGCACGGCUUUUCAAGUGGAAUCUUCUUACAGUCGUGUAAUUCGCUGUCACCUCAGCAUCCAGCAGGAGAUGGGACCAAUUUCUCUGCUCAGACCUCUGCAGCCCCCUUUAUGGUGGAUUUUGAGAGCAGAAACCCUGGAGAUCCCAUUACAGUUGUCCUCAGGAGCACCGGGUCCUCGAGGUUUAGAGGAUUUAUGAUGGAGGCUAGAGAGGCAGCUCCAGCCGACAGCAGCCCACUGGUUGGAACUUUCAUCUCACUUGACAAUACCACGACUCGACUCUUGACAUGCAAUGGUUUAGCGGAUUCAGCUGUUAGUCAACGCAACAAUCAAAGGAAGAGUUUGUUCCGAGUCAACUGGACCGCACCACAAAUAAAUCAAGAUAUCGUCUUCAGAGCCACAUUUGUUGAGAAUUUUGCAGUAUUCUGGGAGAAUGUGACGUCGACUUUCAAUUUAUCCACAACCACUCCAGCACCAAGUACUACAACAAUUACUCCAGCAGCAAGUAAUACAACAAAUACUCCAGCACCAAGUAAUACAACAAUUACUCCAGCACCAAGUAAUACAACAAUUACUCCAGCAGCAAGUAAUACAACAAAUACUCCAGCACCAAGUAAUACAACAAUUACUCCAGCAGCAAGUAAUACAACAAAUACUCCAGCGUCAAAUACUGCAACUAAUACUCCAGAGCCAAGUACUGAAAAUGUACUCCAGAGCCAGGUAUUACAAGAAAUACUUCAAUGCCAAGUGGUAAAAGAAAUACUCCAGAUCCAAGCAGUGCAACAAAUACUCCAGAGCGAAGUACUACAAUCACCAAGUAAUACAACAAAUACCACAAUGCCAAAUACUACAAAUAUGUUUCUGUGCCAAGAACUACAUCAGGUAUUACAGAGCCAAGUACUACAACAAUCAAACACUUCUACAACUACUGAUACUACUGCUAUUACUACUAUACUAGCUAUUAUUAUGAUAGUUUGGUUUGAGUUACUAAUUUAAUUGUUAAUGGCAAUAUCUAACUGAUAGAUCAGCGUAUUUGUGAGAUAUAGUAGAACUACUUGCAUAUUUUGGUGCCCCAUAUGAGGCAUACUAUUAUACUUUGGGCAAUUAUUCAAAUUUGUGCAGUCGUACUUUUUGGCAGAAUUUUGGGUUAUUGUUUAGUCAUAAUGUUGAACUUUAACCGCACUUACAAACAACAUUGUGGUGAAAAUCAAUCCAUUCAUCAAAUUUUAUUGAUCAUUUUAUUGAUUUAUUGAUAACCACCUUCUGAAGCACUCCUUGUGUUGCUUUAAGAGUGUACUCUCACUGCUUGCCCUGCAAGUUGAACCUACCCUGUAGGAAACUGCAAGAAUUCUGGUUUCGCAUUUUGAAUUCCACAUAUUCAAUGCAAUCCAGUCUGCUGUAAAAAAUUAACUAUUAAUUAAAGUGGUCCCUUUAAGUUAGACACCGCAUGCUACCGGCACUUUGAUUCACAAAUUACCCUCGUGGAACAGAGGUCCUCAGGUUUGCUCAAUUCUAAAUGCUUACUACAGAAAUUUUAAAAAGAAAUUUUUCAGUUACAUGUUAAUCCUUAAAAAAAAAAAAAAAAAAAAAACUAGAGCAAAAAAUCUAAGUAUAUGUACUUUAACAAAUGGUUAAAUUUCACUAUAAAAUGACACAAUUCUAGUUGUAUUUAAAAUUAGCAGGGAAGAUCAUUAUUUUAAAUUAUUUGCUAUGGUUACAAAGAAAAAUGAUGUAUAUUAAGGCUUGAAAAAGGGUAAAAUUUGAAAUAGUUUUAACUAAAAUUUUUUAAAAAGAAAAAACGUAUUUCCCGUUUUGUUUUAAAAAUUACAGUUAUUAUUUAGUAAAAUCACAGAAAAAAGUACACAUUUACACAUUUACUGAAAAAAAAACAGAUCAAACCAUAAAUAAUGUUCACAUUACAAAAUCUGUAUGUUUACAAAUAGCCAUUUAUUCUGUUAUAGUAUGUUACCAUAAAAUUAGUCAGUUUUACUAUAUUUGAAUCAGCUAAAAUAUUACCGUACAGAAGUUUGAUGUUACUUUCACAGUUUUUACAGUUUUAUGAUUGUAACAGUAUCUUUCUUGUUAUUCGUAUUUGUUAUUUUAAAUUAUUUGCUGCAGUUACAAAGAAAAAUUAUGUAUAUUAAGCCUUGAAAAGGGUAAAACAGUUUUAACUGUAAAUUUUUAAAAAACAAAAACAUGUUGUUUUUUUUUAUUACAGGUAUUAUUUAGUACAAUCACAGAAAAAAAUAGUCAUUUACAUGUUUACUGAAAAAAAAUGAUCAAACUGUAAAUAAUGUUCACAUUACAAAAUCUGUAUGUUUACAAAUAGCCAUUUAUUCUUUCAUAGCAUUAAUCAAUCAAACUUUAUUUAUAUAGCACUUCUCAUACAACUAAAAUGCAACAUAAAGUGCUUUACAACAGUUAAAAACAUUACCAGAAAAAGAGAGAAAACCUGUCCCCCCUACCCUCCAUAUAUACACAACUACGCAUACACACACACACACACACACACACUCACCACUGACAGUAGGGAGACAUGGCACAGCACUGAGGAUCGUGGAAAACGCCACCGUCCACUCUGGAAGGAGCUGCAGGCCGUGACCGCUGGGGAUGCCGGCACCCGGACCUCACUGUGGGUUUUGGUUCUGGCUUUUGGUAUGGAUGAAAGGCUGCUGCCAGAGGACCUCAGGAUCCAUGAGGGUUGAUAUGGCAAAAGCAGCAGAUCAGAUAAAUAAGAGGGUGCAAGGCCAUCAAGACGUUUAAAAACUAGUAAAAGAACCUUAACCUGAAUCAGCUAAAAAUAUUAUCAUACAGAGGUUUGAAUUUACUUUGAUAGUUUUUACAGUUUUAUGAAUGUAACAGUAUCGUUCUUGUUAUUCCUUUUUGUUUUUUAGGUGCAGACCCUGCCACUAAAGGGAAAAACUACUGUGAUUUAAAAGCACCAGAAAUAGUAGCAAGAAAACUUGUCAGAGUACAUGAAAAUCUAAAAAAACUUUAAUGGGAGGCUUUGGUUGUCUUUGCAUUUUCUGUUUAUUGUUUGGGUUUUAUAUAAAGCAAAUAAAUAUUUUUUUCCUAAA